UGAACCAAUCAUGUGUCGGAAAGAUGGGCGGGACUACAUGACGUAGGCGCGAUAGCUUUUCCUGGUUGUUUGCUAACACAAAUGUUUCUUUAGCGCUCUGCCGACAUGUUGUAUUUGAAUGGUAUCUCUUUGAAAUAAGUCUUGAGAAUGAAGCCGCUUCCUCUUUGACUUCCAAGGUCCCGGGCUGGCCUAUGGUGGUGGUGUGGGUCUGUGUCGCCGCCGGCUAGCAGUGCGGCCUGUCGCUGCUGCGAAGUCCACUUGUUUGCUGUCGUGACCUCGCUCUCAAGUCAUGUUUGUUUUCCCGAAGAUGGCGGACACUGUGAACUAAAUGACUGUCAGAAACAUCGCCUCCAUUUGUAAUAUGGGCAUCAAUGCCUCCGCUUUGGAGAAAGACAUUGGCCCGGAGCAGUUCCCCAUCAAUGAACACUACUUUGGAUUGGUCAACUUUGGAAACACGUGCUAUUGCAACUCGGUGCUCCAGGCGCUCUACUUCUGCAGGCCCUUCCGUGAGAACGUGCUGGCCUACAAGGCGCAGCAGAAGAAAAAGGAGAACCUUCUCACCUGCCUGGCUGACCUCUUCCACUCCAUCGCCACGCAGAAGAAGAAGGUGGGCGUCAUCCCGCCCAAAAAGUUCAUCUCUCGUCUGCGUAAGGAGAACGAUCUGUUUGAUAACUACAUGCAGCAGGACGCCCACGAGUUCCUCAACUACCUGCUGAACACGGUGGCCGACAUCCUGCAGGAGGAGAAGAAGCAAGAGAAGCAGAAUGGGCGCCUGAAGAACAAUGGCGCUGUCGCCACCACCGAAACAGAGGCGGAGCACAAGACGGAGCCCACCUGGGUCCAUGACAUCUUCCAAGGCACGCUCACCAACGAGACUCGCUGCCUCAACUGCGAAACAGUGAGCAGCAAGGAUGAAGAUUUUCUAGAUCUUUCCGUGGACGUGGAGCAGAAUACAUCAAUAACACACUGUCUCAGGGACUUCAGCAACACGGAGACUCUGUGCAGCGAGCACAAGUACUACUGCGAGACCUGCUGCAGCAAGCAGGAGGCUCAGAAACGCAUGCGUGUGAAGAAGCUGCCCAUGAUCUUAGCGCUGCACCUGAAGAGGUUCAAGUACAUGGAGCAGCUGCAUCGCUACACCAAGCUGUCCUAUCGAGUGGUCUUCCCUCUGGAGCUCCGCCUCUUCAACACGUCCGGGGAUGCUGUCAACCUGGAUCGCAUGUAUGACCUGGUAGCUGUGGUGGUCCACUGUGGCAGCGGUCCAAACCGAGGUCAUUACAUCACCAUCGUGAAGAGUCACGGCUUCUGGCUGCUGUUUGACGAUGACAUCGUGGAGAAAAUAGAAGCCCACGCCAUCGAGGAGUUCUACGGGCUUACCUCAGACAUCUCCAAGAACUCCGAGUCGGGAUACAUCCUCUUCUACCAGUCCAGGGAGUGAGCGGGACUCCGACGACGGCACAGACUCUGUUCUUCCACUGACCUCCCAAGCUGACAAGUGUGUGCCAACCACUACUUGACUUUACUGUCUGGGCUGCACUUUAUCACACAAACUCUCACUCUGUAUUCUUUUUCUUUCAUUCCUCUCACUUUCUAUGCACACUUUUUAUUUCAUGACUUCUUUCCGGUUUGAAGGGUCUCCAUUUUAGCCACUAGCUAACAGCACAAUCACUGUGAUGGCACCUUCUAACCUUCAGACGUUACACCUUCUGUCGCCUUUUUUCUCUAUUUAUUGAACUUAUUUAUUGCUCUCACUUCUAGCGUUGUCCCCAUUAAUUGCUGCACAUCUUUUCCCCAUAUUCUAGCAUUUAAACAUUGAAUCAAUUUGUUAGGUGUCGCUAAGAUCCUCUGAAGUUUGCAGCUACUGUCACUAUUUGCACUUUGAUCUUAUUAUUAUUACCACCCUCUUUCUCAAGAGACAAUUUUGGGGAAAUAUUCUUAAGGACAGAAUCACUACGAAAAGAAAUAGGGCUGUCAAAAUUAAUGAGUUAGCUCAUGGGAUUAAUCACAAGAAAAUAUCACACUUGGAUUAACAAUGCAAUUUAUUUUGAGCAUACAAGUUAUUUUAUACGGAGAGUGAUCGGAUCAAUGCAUACGUCAAAAAUGAGGACAAUCCGACUGGUGUGCUCACUGGUAAAUCACACUCAAAUACAGCCUGAAAAAAACGUAAAACUGUUACCAAGUGCUGUGCAAAUACUUGACAUACAUUACAGGCCAAAAGUUUGGACACACCUUCUCAUUUAAUGUGUUUUCUUUAUUUUCAUGACUAUUUACAUUGUAGAUUGUCACUGAAGGCAUCAAAACUAUGAAUGAACACAUGUGGAGUUAUGUACUUAACAAAACAAAGAUGAAAUUACUGAAAACAUGUUUUAUAUUCUAGUUUCUUCAAAAUAGCCACCUUUUGCUCUGAUUACUUUUUUUGCACACUCUUGACAUUCUCUCAAUGGGCUUCAAGAGGUAGUCACCUGAAAGGGUUUUCACUUCACAGGUGUCAUAGUUUUAAUGCCUUCAGUGACAAUCUACAAUGUAAAUAGUCAUGAAAAUAAAGAAAACGCAUUGAAUGAAGGUGUGUCCACACUAUGGGCCUGCACUGUAUAUAUCCAAGUAAAACGUUCCUGGAUUACACUCUGAGUCUGAAAUUGCAUUUGUGUACAAAUAUUGUGGUCUUUUCUGAAACACAUUUUAAUUGUGAAAGCGAGUAAUCACCUUUGAGUAAUCGUGGUUAACACAAACUCUCAAAUGUGAUUUAAUUUCAUUUAAAAUAUAUAUAUCAUGCGACAGCCCUGAAAACACUUUAUUUUUUUCUCGAAUCGCUAUGACAAAUUAAAUUGCAUGAAACAUUUAAUUUUUUUACUAACAUUUUAAGAAUCAGUUUGGCACCACCUGUUGGUUUGCAUGUAUUAUCAUCUCCAAAGACCACCUGUCAUUUCUUACAUUUAUAAAUUAGGGGAAAAAAAUACAGUCUAAAUGAAUUUGUACCAAGACAUUCUCUACAGCUGUAGGGCGUUGGAGGUCAGCGGGAAUUUGCAGGUUCAAAGCGUGUCGUUACGUAACAAACGUCACCUUUUUAUUUGGAGGGAACCUAGUACAAAGUAGUGCAAUAAUAUUGAAGUGGAGUUUAAUUCUCAGUUCAGAUGCUUUUUCAUGUUGAAUUUAGUGACACACCUGUUGUACCUUGUCUAUCACUUCUGACCUUUAUAUAUGUCAACUACAUUUGUCUUCCAUCUUGUUUUUCGUCUCUCCAUCUCUAAUGACCUGAAUCGUGCUAAAUACUUCUGUUAAUUGAUGGAAUUAAUUCUGCGUCAAACUGGAAAUUAGCAUUUCAAAUGUGUCCUAUUUGUGAGUAGUGGGACUCCUGUGUGUGUGUGUGGUUUUAACAGAAGUGUCCUACUGUCCUCAAAGACUCGGGGCAAAAGUGCCAAACUGGAGUUGAUGUGGAACCUGUAAUAAAAUGUUUGAAGCUCUUUGUACAUAAAGGUAGAAGGAAACGUCUAUGAAAAUACAUAACAUUUUUUUAAAGAUGUCGAACGUGGUAUUUUGCUUCUAACUGUUAAUAGCAGAUACUGUCGCCUGAUUGGCAAAGAUGACGGUAGCGGGGGAAUAAAGACGCAGGCAUAUGUCUUCCAUUUGCUGUCUAUGCACUCACUCUGACUUACUGUGACUGUGGCAGCAGAGAGUGCCACCUGUUGAAGGAAGUGAUGUGUGAUAAUAAAAUAUUUUUUUUUAAAGAA